AUGAAAUUCUUCUUGGACGAAACGUGUCAGGUGGUUUUCCCAGGUGCUGUCAUUUACGGCGUGUUUUGCAUAGAAGAUGGCAUUGAUUCAAGCUGUAAUAAGUCACGGAAUAAUUUUGUUUUAUAGUUCUUAGUUUUAAAUUUCUCUACACUGUUGACCAUAGGUGAACCAGUCAUAAAGGCCAGUGGAUUUACACGUAUAUGGAAACCGGGCACUAAUAGUGAAAUCGAAGAAUAUUCAAUUUUCUUCGAAGACAAAGUUGUACUGAGCUUAGAUGCAGACCUCACUGAUUUAUCAUUAGACGACGAAACCAGAGGUAGAUAAAUAUUUAUUAAUUUGCCUCUUUUAAUUUAUUUGUUUCAUUAAUUCCUAGGUUAUCCCAACAAAUUUAAGUUUCAUCUGGUUUUACCAAACAAUUUGCCACCAUCACACGAAGUACCCUUUGGCCAUACAAGGUAUAAACUGGAAACGUAUUAUAACGAUCAAACUAUUUUUAAAUACUUCAGUGUUAACCAAUGGGUAGGUUUGUUAAAACAAAAUAACUCUGUAGUAAGUAAUAACGUUUUUAUUGAUGUGAAUUCUAAUUAGUAAGUAUCUUUUUAAAAAUUAUUUAAAUAGGUAAAACACAAAACAUUUGCUGUACCAUUAUUCAAUGUUUGCCAAUCAAUUGAUGUGUUAUUAAACUUAGAUCAGACACAUUAUUUACCCGGAGAAACGGUUUUUGUAGCAGCUAUAAUAACAAAUAGCUCAUGGAAGGAUGUGAUUUUCUCCAAAAUAUACAUUAUUCAAGCAAGUUUCUUUUUUUAAAAAAAAAAAAACGGAUUGUGUAUUAUAUUGAGUUCAUGGCAUCAUUGAAAUAUUUUGGAACAGCUAUUUUAUUAAUUUAUUUGAUUUGGUUAUUAUUUUAAAAUUAAAACUUAUAUUAUUAAAAUAAUAAUUGGAUAUAUUAUUUUUAUAGACUACAAAGUAUUGGAAGUCUUAUUACUCAGUUCCAAUGAAACAUACCAGAGUAAUUGCCGAAGGAACAAGAGGUCAUCUAUCUAGGGGAUGUUCGCAAAUAUGGGAAAAUGAGCCAUUAUAUAUACCAGCAGUCAUUCCUACUACAAAUACAUCCAAUAACCCAUUCAACUUUUUUGAAAUAAAGUAUAAAUUAAAGGUGAAAAAAUUCAUCUUUUAACACAAAAUUAAAAAUAACCACACAUUUACUUUUAACUUCAUAUAGGUUAUUCAAUUUAAAGAAACAUAAACUAUAUUUCACUAUCAGUGGAAACAAUAAAUACUUAAUAAUUAUAUAACAAAUUAAUACUUAUAGCAGCGGUUCCUAAAUCUUUUGGUUCACUCCACCCUAAAAAUAAAUAAUUGCACCUCCCAUGAAUAAAUUGCAAAUUUGUUUUGUUUAAGUAUUCAAACAUUUGUGACAAAAUAAUUCAACCAUAAAUAUUAAUUAAUUUCAAUAAAUUAAAAAUAUUUUUAUUUUAUGAAAAAAAAGAACAAUGACUAUUAGUAUUUAACCUUAAUAUGAAUAAUGUUCUUGUUUUUUAUUCAAUAAUUCUUCCAAAUUAGGUAACAGCUACACACAUUGUUUAUUGAGAAUUUUUUUCCUUUUUAAAUAAGAGUAAACGUAAAAUAAAUGUUUAUACUGCACACACCUCAUGUACCACUAAUUCACAACUACUACUACUGCUAUUAUCAAACAAUAUAUAUGUAUAUAAUAUAUUGGUCACUAUUAAAGACCGGAUUUAUGUUUUUACAUAUCGUUACUGAGCUUAUGCAGUCUUAUGAGAGUAAAAAAUGUCGACGAUUCAUUCAAUUCUGAAAUCAUAGGAAAAAGUUUCUUAGCAUGUAUGGAGAAUAUUUAAUGGGUUAAUGAAAACAGUGCUUGGAAAAUAUAUAUUUUGAAAAUUUACAAUUUUUUUUUUUCGUAUCAUUUUGAUAAAAAGGUUUAUUGUUAUAGUACCUUACUAUUUUGAGUUAUCAUUGUAGCGUAAUUUUUAAGUUUUUAAAAAUUAAAUUAGGUAUCUAUAUUAUAUUUUUACUCAUACUUAAGUGCACUAUUAUUCUAUUUUAAUAAGAAAGUAUCACUAAUUAUUUAUGAAAUGUUGUAAAAAAAAAAAUUGCAUGUUAAAGCAUAUAUUGAUGUUUAUUGAUUAUUUUUGCAUAUUUUUUCAAUUUACUAAAAGAAUAUAAUGAGAUUUUUUUAAGAUUUUUCAGAGAAUAUUAGCAUUCUAUUUUGGGUAUUAUACAGAAUAUAAAUCCGGUCUUUAAUCAUUAUGAUUCGAGAAUAUUUGGGUGACAAAAUAAUACUGGGUUUUCAUUUAAUAAACUUAAAAGAAAUUAUCGUUGAUCUAAAAAUAUCAAUAUUUACCUUGCUCCUCACAGUUUGGGAAUCGCUGGUCUAUUUAUACUUAUAGUAUUACUCUUAAGUACUUAACUUAAUAUUUUACAAUAUUUUUUUUCCAAGGUAUAAUGUAAAAAUAGUUUUCAUUUUAGAUAUCUAUUUUUAAAAUAAAAGAUCAGUUUUUGUUGUAUUAAUUUAUGUUAUUUCCGCAUAUUUAAAAAAUGUAUAAAAUAAGUUUCACGUAAUUUAUUUACAGCUACAGAUUGUUUUAAAAAAUUCUAAAAAGAAAAUUGUAUUGAAACAAAAAUUAUUUAUUGGCAACUGGAAUAAGAGUAAAAACACCAAUAUUAAUAACAGCAAAAAAUAUAUAAAUAACGUAGUACUAAAUAAUGAUCUACCAUAUGGUAAGUAAUUCAUAAUAAAAUAACUUCUAAAUAAUUACUUUUAAAUGUAAAAAAAAAAAAAUAAUAUAUAAUUAGUCCACAUUUUAUUUUUGGAUAAUUGUAAUUUAAAUAUUUAUAAUGUAAAAAGCUAAGUACAGACCUAAAAUUUAUGAUCCUCUUUAAAUUUUAUUAUUUGUGUUUGAACUUCAAUUUCAACCUAAAGGCCACACUUUGUGUUCUAAGUAAUGCCAUUUUGUUGCUGCCCAUUAGACUAAGACAGUAAAUUAUAAAUCUCUUAAUGAAAUAAUUUUUAUAAUCAAACAGCUAAAUAAAAGUAAAAAUGUAUUUCUCAAGUUCAUAAUGUUCGAAAUUGAUUUCAAAAGUCUGAAUUUGUGUACAUUUUAUUUUUAAGUUUGAUGUCUUUAAUACUAUAUAUAUAACAGAAAUGUUAUUUCAGAGUCAGUCGUUUAGUUUAAAAUAUUUAUAUAAUUUAAGUAUAUAUAAUAUGAUUACUGAAUUCAAUGUGGUAAUAAUAUUGAUUAUUAUAACCAUCUGGAUGAAAUUAUUUUUCAGAAAUUACAGCUGAUGAAUGUUCUUUGAUUAAGCAAGAAAACAGUGAAUUUAUACCGAAGUAUAUAAUGUAUGAAACAAGUCAAAUAUAA